AUGGUUCAGACACAAGCUGAUGACUAUGGGCAGAACACAUCAGGGAUCCAUUCAGUCACAAACUCAAGCAUUCAUUCAAUCACAAACUCAAGCAUUCAUUCAAUUACAAACUCAAGCACUCAUUCAAUCACAAACUCAAGCAUUCAUUCAGUCACAAACUCAAGCACUCAUUCAAUCACAAACUCCAGGAUCCAUUCAGUCACAAACUCAAUCACAAACUCAAGCACUAAUUCAGUCACAAACUCAAGCAUUCAGUCAGUCACAAACUCAAGCACUCAUUCAAUCACAAGCUCAAGCAUUCAUUCAAUCACAAACUCAAGCACUCAUUCAAUCACAAACUCAAGCAUUCAUUCAAGUCACAGCAAAAAGGCUCUUGGUACCAAGUGA